AUGGUUAUUAUGAUAACAAUUAAAGAAUUUGUUAAUGUACAUUUGUAAUAUAAAGAUUUAGAAUGUCCAUCUAUGUGUUCUACAUGCUAACUUAAUACAACUCUUCAUAUCCCAGUAUGCAUACAGUGCUAAAUUCAUCGAGAUCUAAAUAACUCCUGUAAAUGUGCAAAGGGAUUUUAUGAAAGUGGAACUGAUUGUCUUGCCUGUCCUCUCAAUUGUUCUAGUUGUCUGGAUCAAGUUCGAUGUACCUAAUGUAAGAAUAGUAAUUUUGAUCAUGAUAAAAUAAAUGGAUAAUGCUUAUGCAAUCUAAUAAAUUUUAGUGAUAUAUCCAAUUGUGCAUGUCUAGAUGGGUACUAUCUUAACAGUAUAAAUAAAAAGUGUUUACCAUGUCAUUAUAAUUGCAGUACUUGCAUGUAUUCUGCCACUCAUUGUAUAACAUGUAAUGAUAAUCAUGCCUAUCCACCAAAUUGCGAAUGUUCUCCUGGAUUUUAUCUAUAAGAUAUCAUAUGCUUGCCAUGUACUAAUAAUUGUUUUCAAUGCAAAUCUUAAUCUGAAUGUCUGGAUUGCUCUAAUUAAAUGCAAUUGAUCAAUAAUAAAUGCUAUUGUUAGAAUGGGUAUUUCAAUUUACUUAAUUCCUAUGAAUGCUAACCUUGUGCUAGUUAAUGUUCUACCUGUAGAUACUCAAUAGACAAUUGCACAUCUUGUAAAUUCAAUAGGAUUUCUCCAUACAAAUGCAUAUGUCCUGAUGGAACCUAUGAAGUUGAUGUAUCUACUCCUUGUAAUCAAUGCGAUAAUAAAUGCAAGCUUUGUGAGGUGUCUUCGAAUAAUUGUUUGGAAUGCUCUCUCAAUAGAAUAAAUCCUCCAAAUUGCAAUUGUAAAAUUGGAUAUUUUGAAAAUGAUUAAUAAACCUGUUCAUCAUGUAAUAGCAGAUGUAUAUCAUGUUAAAAUACAUCUGAUACAUGUAUUGAAUGUAAAAUGAGUAUUGCGACUCUUCCAUCAUGCACCUGCCCAGAUGGUUAUUUUUCUGAAUUUGAAUAAGGAUGUGUUUAAUGUCAUCCAAGAUGCAAAACUUGUAUUGGAUCUAAUGAAUAUAAUUGUCUUUCAUGUGAUGAAUCUAAGAAUUUCGAGCUUCUCUAUAAUAAAUGUACUUGCAAGUAAAAUUAUUAUUUUCAAAAUGAUGUCUGCCUUUAUUGUUCUAUUGAAAUUGAACUUUGUUAAACUGUUUAGUGUGGAAAUGGUAUAAUUCAGAGGAAUGAAUAAUGUGAUGAUUGGAAUAACAAUGAUAGAGACGGUUGCUCUAAUAGUUGUAAAUUUGAAGAAGGGUAUUACUGUGAGUCCAUUUCGAAUACUAAGAUUCAUAAUUCAAUUUUGGUGAGUUAAUGUACUAAAUGCCUUGAGUCUUGUAAGAUCUGUGAUAGAAAUAAAUGCUUGAUAUGCUAAAGUGGUUACUUUUUGACUCCAAGCUUAGACUGUUAAAAAUGCGAUCUACAUUGCAAAGAGUGUUCUGGACCAUAAUAAAAGGAUUGCCUCUCUUGCAUCAAAGGAGUGGAUUAUGGAUUAGGGUAGAGGUGUGCCUUUUGUGAAGAAAUCUAAGGGUUAUACACAGGUAAAGAUAAGUGUGUUUCAAAGUGUGGAGAUGGAAUGAAAAAGAGUGAUGAACAAUGUGAUGAUGGUAAUAGUAUUAGUAAAGAUGGAUGCUCAGAAAAAUGUAAAAUUGAAGAGGAUUGGGAUUGUUCAUAAUAAAAUAAUACAUUAAGUUCUUGUUUUAAAUUAAAUGUACCUAUUGCUUCCCUCUCUUUUGAUAGAGUUAAAGAUUUCUAUUCAUCUCAAAGAUAAGGAUCUAUUUUGUUUAAUAAACCUAUGGCAAUACCAAAUAUUACAAUUAUAAAUGCUUGGCAUUACAGCAUACUCAAUUAAAGAUCAUCUUAUUACUCUAUGAAUUUGACUGCCAUUUUGAACAUUGAUGGAUAUUUGGAAGAAGUUAAAAUUGAUUUACAACUACUUUAAUCUAUGUCAUAAAUUGUAUUUCAAGUUGACUACACUACUUUCCUCAUUAAGGAUGUUAUCGAUUCAUUUCCAUUAAAAACCACUAAUUCAUCUGUAGAAUUAACUAAAUACAUUAAACUUGGACAAGAUACUUUAAGCACAUCAAAGGCCUCUAAAUAAUUUGCUUCAUCUGUGUUAUAUGUAUUAGGGGGUGUUUCAAUUAUAGGAUUGCUAGUUGGAAGUUUAGAAUUUUAUUGGAAUGUCCUCGAUAAUUUAUAGAUUCUAUCAUAUAUAACUUUUAUUAAUGUUAAUUUUCCUUAUAUGCACAAUAAAUUUUUGGAAAUAUUUGAAUUUGCAAGAUUCGAGUUUACAAAUGACUAUUUUAAUUUUGAACUCGUUAAAAACCUAGAUAACUAAUAAAAUAAAGAUUAUCCUUUGAUUGUUGGAAGACAAGUAGAAUAUAAUUUGAUUGUCAAUUUAAGUUCAAUUGUAGUGCUUUGGAUUACUACAAUUCUCUUAUUUGUAGUGGCUAAGAUAAAUUUAUUUAUCAUUCAUGAUAUCUUGAUUAAUAAGUUUAAAAUUAUUUAGCUUACUCCUUUCGAAUAACUUAACAGUUUGACUUAUUUAUUUUAUAAGUUGGUAUACCUUAUUCAUUUUAUGAGCUUUGCAUAUCAUUCCAACUUCUUUUAUGGUGUUAUUCUCAGAAUCUACUUAUCUAGUCUUUACGACUUAAAUUUUUCAAUAUUCACAUCUGCCUAUUGUUGGCUUUGGAAUUAGAAUCCCAGUUUAGUAGAUUAAAUAUCAUUUGCAGUAGCUAUGAUUCUACUUCUGAUUCAAAUUCUAAUUUUAUUUAUAUUAUCGUCCUCAUUGAAAUUAUCUAAUUAUCAGUUGAAGUCAAAAUAAUUUAUUUCUUAAUAUAGUUCUUUAUAUGAAGGAAUUAAUUUUAGCAAUUAAAUAAUUAGAUAGAUUUAGUUUUUACAACCAUUAAGAAAAUUAAUGUUCAUGGGAGCCUUAAUUUUAUUUUAUGAUUAACCUAUAUUUUAAAUAUCAUGCCUAAUUUCAAUUCAGAUAUUAUCUUCAAUUGUUCAAAUAACCUUUAAUCUUUAUUCAAACUUUUUGCAAUCAAUAAAAGUAAUCACUUAAGAAGUCGGAUUGAGUAUGUCCUUAACCUUGAUUUUAUUUUACUACGCUCAAGAUAAAUUUGAUAUAGUGGAACAAGAUGUAAUUGAAAAACUGUCAUAUGUUCAUGUAGGCAUUUAUACAUUGAUGCUUUGUGUAAGUCUUGUAAUUGAUUUAUAUCAAUAAAUUAAGAUCAUAUUUGUUAAAUAUAAAGUGUCAAGGAUUUGUGAUAAGAAACCUUAAAAAGAAAAAGAAGCAAAACAACGAAAUAAUGAAAAUUAGAGGAACUAAGAAAAAUAAGAACAAGCUUAACAAUUUAAUUUAUUCAUUGAUUUAUCAAAGUUUUAUUAGGCUUAAAAUAAUUAAUAUAGCUUUAGGAAUUUAAGAAUUAAUUGA